CCUAUGAGCCAUGGUAAACAAAACAAAGUACGCGCAGGAAAACAGAAUCUACUGGAAGGAAGGAUAUAAAUAGUCAAAUAGUGUGUCUCCUUACAGUUUGAUUCAUUUGCAAUUCGAUUGAGAAAUUAUGAAUUAUGUCGGCAGAAGGUACAUCUGGGGAUGGUUGAACUCAGUCUUUAAUCGCUUUGACCCGAGCCGGGUGAAGGAUGUGGGACCUGACAGGGCGUGUGCUGAGUGGCUGCUCAGGUGCGGCGCAGGGCUGAAGUGGAAAAACAGCAAAUCAUACUUGACUGAUUACAACUCUUUGCCGUCCACUUACGUACAGAAGAUCGCCGAAAUCAAUGCCACCGACUCGGCCGUCAUGGAUUGUGGCUUCCCACACUUGAAUGGAUUGACGGAGGUUGAAAAAAUUGUCUUCCAUAAGUGUGGCUAUUUGACGGAUGACGCCCUCAAGUAUUUGCCAAUUUUGAAAAACUCCCUGAGGCAUUUGCAAAUUUCCAGCUGUGGCAACAUCACAGCACAAGGAUUGCAGCCUGUUAAAGAGCUAAGCAAGUUGCAGUCAAUUUUGCUCUAUGAUCUGCCUGAAAUCAAAAGCAAAGAAUCUGUGAUUCAAGAUCUGCAGUCAGCUUUGCCGCAGUGCGAUGUCCAGUUCCCAUACGCUCAGGCUGCUGAGCAAAUAGAACUGGAAAAUGAGGAGAAGAAGACUGGAAAAAUGAAAUAAUUUAAUGUCUUGAAAGCUCCUGCAAAACCUCCAAGAAGACUAAAAUUGUAGCAUUUAAAGACUGUAUUAGUGGGAAAACCGCCCUUUAUGUCAGGAAAAUUUCUGUUAAGUUAUGUUAUUUUGCCUGAAAGACCUCUUUUGGAAUUGCUUGUAAACCAUAAUAUAAACCAUAAUCCAUAAUAUGUUGUACAAGUUUUAUGAAAUUAAUUGAAUAAUAAAAAAAUGAAAUAAAGUGUGAC